AUGGAGUCCGCCAUUCGUUGGUCGCCGAGCUCAACCCCCACCGAGCAGCGCUUCCUCUCGGUCGACGUCACUGGCAAAUCGUUUCGUUUAUGCAGGGUCACUGGCUUUGAUGGGCUGAAGCUCCGACAUCAAAUUGUAUCCACCCUAACGGACGUCCCCCUCUUUCGCGCAUUCGACUGGUCCACCUCCAAUGAGAACUUGAUCGCUGUAGGCCAAUCGUCCGGCGAAGCCACCAUUCUACGAUUAGACGCCAACGUAAAGGAGUCGCUCUCCUUCCCCGUCCGCAAUCAGCGCUACUGCAAUGCGGUUGCCUUCAGCACACAUGGCUUGGUGGCAUCAGGCCUUGAUCGCGUGCGCAACGACUUCUGCUUGAACAUCUGGGAUGUGAACCAGCGGCUGGGUCCUGCAGGAGGAAGUAAGGGCUUUCCAGAACCCUUGAGGAAGCUGGCUAGCUCUGAGCCUAUCACAAGUAUCAAGUUCUUCCGUGAUCAACCGGAUACAUUGGUCACUGGAGUGAAGGGCCAAUUUGUCCGGAUCUAUGAUCUCAGAGAGGGUCCUGGUAACCCAUCUCUUCAGUUCCCAACCCGUUGUGUUCACAAUUUAGCGAUCGACUGGCUCGAUGAGAACUACAUCGCAUCAGGUGCAACAUCCUAUGACAGCACCAUCUGCGUCUGGGAUCGGCGAGUGGCCUCUCGACUGACAUCUCCAUCGGUCGGAUCUGCGACUAAUCCGGAAUCCGGCCAAGCGGCGGCGGCUCUACAAUUCAAAAACGUCUUCGGGCCGAAAUCCUCGAUCUGGAGUCUGCGAUUCUCCAAGACCAAUCGCGGCUACCUAGGUGCACUCGCUAAUACAGGCCACCUCAAAACAUAUGAUAUUGCCAAAGACCACGUGCCAGAAGAGAGCCGGGCUUCAAUCGACGACACCCUCGGCUCUGGCUCUUUCAAAAACUACGCAGAGCCCGUGUACACGAAGUAUGUGCGAGAUGUACGUGCUCCGUUCGACCAUCCAACGCAGGGGGGUGACGAGCGAGAAAGAAUCGUGGCUUUUGAUUUCUUGAAUCUUGCUAUUUCCGCUCAAGCCAGUGCCGUUGCCCUGGAUGGCAAUGGGCAACCACAAAUUGUCACCGCGCGGCCACCGUGUGCGCCUGUAGAUCUCUCUUCCCAAGGAGUUUUGGCUUGCGGCGUUGCAUUGAGGGAUUCGGAUAUCAGGACCAUCCAUCCUCUGUCCGAGCAGAUAUCGCCUAUAUCUGAGCUCAUCGGGAACAUCAGAACACGCGUGCUAGCAAGCUCCAAAGAAGCCAUGGUUAAGUCGGACAGGAAAUCAUCAUUAUCCAACUUGGUGAUUUCCGACCCUGUUCCGAGUCGAGAAGGCCGGGAGCGUGCACUAUCCCUUGGAACUCUGGGGACUCUGUUAAGUGCGAAAGAAGCCUUGACUCUGUCAACAAUCGGCCAGUUCCGGUGCAAAGAAGGAUAUCUGUUUGAUGAGGCUAAAAACCGCAAGAUCGUGUCAGAUGAUGCCGCUCUUCUGGAUUUCUGGGCCUGGGUUGAGCGACAUGGCAACGAGAAACGACGCAUUAGCACAAAGGCGGAUGGCCCUAAAAGCGCAGCCGAAGCCAUUGGCCUCCUUGCCGAGCGUUUGAAUCUACCAGAAGUGAAGGGCUGCGAGACUGCAUACCCCGAGCACCGCCGACUUUGUCUCCGUCUCUGCGGUGCGGCACAGUCACACAAAGAAUUGGAAGAGCUGGUGAAGAAUCUCUCUUCGGAAAAUCAACACACUAAAGCCGCCGCUUUGGCUGUCUUCCAGGACGAACCGAAGCUGGCCUAUCUCGGUCUUCGGAGUAAUCAGCCCACGCAAGCCCACAAGCUCCUCGCGAUGGCCAUUGCCGGUUCUGCAAAGGGCGACAACAGCUCUGACUGGGAAGAGACAUGUGCGGAGAUUUCCAAAGAACUCACAGACCCGUACUCGAGGGCUAUUCUUGCUCUCGUGAGCAAGGGCGACUGGAACUCGGUCAUCAGGGAGACCACACUGCCAUUGAAGUACCGAGUCGAGGUUGCACUGCGCUGGCUUCCAGACAACGAGCUGACUGAGUACCUCCAGAAUGCCACAAUAGGGGCUAUUCGUGAGGGCGAUAUUGAAGGGGUCGUUCUUACAGGUCUGGGCCACAUGGCCAUGGGCCUAUUCCAAUCAUACAUUGACAAGUUCAACGAUGUCCAGACCCCAGUGCUGGCUAUGAGCUACACCGUCCCGCGAAUUGUCAGCAGUCCAGCGUCUAUCGCCCAGUUUGAAGCCUGGCGUCAGACCUAUCGCCGGCAGAUGAACUCGUGGAAGCUUCAACUUGAACGGGCCCGUUUUGACGUGGGCUCCCGCCGCUUUGCCGUGACUGUGGAUGGACGCAAACUCACCCCUGCGCCGCCACAGCAAGUUAGUCUGACCUGCAAUUACUGCACGCAACCACUCACUCAGCACGACACCUCAUCCCAAGUCUCUCCCACAGCCCCAUCUGAAACCGUUCAUCCGACCAUUGGCAACCCGCUUGGAUCCGCGAUCCUGUCCGGCACUGUCUGCCCUCGCUGCGGUCGCCAUAUGCCUCGAUGCGGCGUUUGCACGAUGUGGCUUGGUACGCCAGACCCGAUGUCGCGCUCCGGUGUGGCUGCGGAGGCUGAGCCCAAUACUCGCAAGCCUACUGAGGCGGAGGUGAUGCGACGAUUCGUGGUUUUUUGUAUCCAUUGUAACCACGGCUUCCACGCGCAUCAUGCUCGGGAUUGGUUCACACGACACAAGGUUUGUCCAGUUGCAGAGUGCAGCUGCAUCUGCGAUCGAUGA